AUGCCUUCUGCGACCGGCACAAAACGCGUCAAGGGCGUCUCCAUCUACAGACCCUUCGUCUUCGGCAGCGAGGCGCAACCCUUCGACCCCGACAAGAAACCCGCCAACGCCCCUACAGACCACACCCAUCAAUGGCGAGUAUUCGUCAAGGGAGUCAACGAUGAAGACGUCUCCUACUGGUUGAAAAAAGUACAAUUCAAGCUCCACGAGACCUACGCACAAAACGUUCGCACCAUCGAACAACCGCCGUUCGAAGUGACCGAGACCGGAUGGGGAGAAUUCGAGAUUCAGAUCAAACUCUACUUCGUAACGGAGUCCAUGGAGAAGCCCCAGACCCUGUGGCAUAGUCUAAAACUGCAUCCAUAUGGGGCUGAUGCUGAAGCCAAGAAGGAGCGCAGAGAGGUCGUGAUCAGCCAGAACUACGAGGAGAUCGUGUUCAAUGAGCCGGUGGAGCAGUUCCAUGACCUACUCACGGGGGGCUCUGCCACGCCACAGCCGAAGGGCAAGGGGAAGAAUUCGAAACAGGCGGCGCAGCGGAAUGGGAAGACGGCCGAGAUUCCGUAUAACGAAACCGCGGAUAAUCCUUAUAGCAAGACGACCGAGAACAAGGAGUUGGAUCGAUUGGUGGAAGCGGGAAAGACCGUGGAGCAGAUGAUCAAGGAAGAAAAGGAACGACUCAUCGGUCGAGAAAAGAGACUAGCCGAGCUGCGAGAAAGUGAAGGGGUUCCCGCCCAUACGAAGAAAAGAUAA